AUGAUCUCCGAGAAAGAGUUCUUGGCCCGCCUCCCUCGAUCCAUCAGCCAUUGGCUGGGCUAUCGUGAGACUGCACCAAAGCCUCCCUCGAAAUAUCUCGUCCACUUCUGGUCGUUCAUAGCCGCAUUUUGUGGUCUAUGUGUGGGAGCAUCGGCAGUCCUCGUCUAUGGCGCCAUUGAGGCCCCAUUAGCACAGCCACGAGCUCUGAUCGGAGGCCAUUUUCUGAGCGCUCUGGUCGGCAUCUGCAUUACGAAACUCUUCAGCUUAAUGCCCGAUGAAGAGAGGUUCAACUCUUUGCGCUGGCUAGCCGCAUCGCUUUCAUCUGCUGUCGCCAUUGUUGUUAUGCAGAUUACCGAGACAACUCAUCCUCCAGCCGGUGCCACAGCCCUCCUUCCCGCAGUGGACGAAGCUGUGUGGGAACUGUCUUGGUACUACCUGCCAGUUGUCUUGCUCUCAUCAGCCAUGCUCCUGGCUGUGGCUUUGAUCGUAUAUAAUAUCCAACGCCGUUAUCCCGUUUUCUGGAUUAGUCCGCCCGCCGCUAAGCCUGUUCUCCCCCAGGUUAGCAAUUCCAAAUAG